AUUGUCAGUAUAACAUUAGCAGCGGCAGGAUACACAACUAGGGUUUUCCUCAACAACAAGUUUAAAUUCGUUAGUCAACCAAAAUCGUUUAACAAUGCGUGCUUGCCGCCCUAGAAAAAGUGCUAUCAUUAACCGAAUUAUGUCAAUUCGUCGGCGUAGAGCUCUAGUCAACAUGCUAUUUUUGCGCCGUCAUUUGAUUGGAGAGGCACUUGGAAUUAUGAAUCGGGAAACUCGACGUCUUAGGAUAAAUUCUCGGCGUCGUAAUCGUAGAAGGAGAGCGCAAUUUAGAGUCCGUACACCAAGUGAUAGUACAAUGCGCUCAGUAAGGCAUUACGGUCAGAACCCAUUCCGCCAAGGACCACGGCUACAGCGAAAUAAUUCACUUUGGGGACAAGCGGACAUCAUAACCACACAGGGAGCGUUAGAAGCUUUGAAUGGACUGGCUGCAGGGAACAGCGAACCAAAUUCAUUGUUAGUAAUGGUGCAAUAUACCAAUGGGCGGUAUUAUUUAAGCUUAGAGGCAAGUGGAAAUCCGCAAAAUGAGAGCUAUAUCGUUCAAAAUCCCAUUGGGAAUGGUCAGAACCAACAGGUCCAAGAUGGCAAUGAUCCGGCAGCUCAGGCUGCUGAGGACAAUAAUCCGGAGGUUCCAAAUGCCAAAAGCAAAUCAGGAGGAUCAAGUGAAAGCUUAUGAUCAGAAUCAAGAUAAUAACGAAGAAUACGAUACUUACUCACAUAGUAUCAAGUAAUGUAUAGCUUGGAAAUUUUUCUUCCUACACAUAUAUACAAUAUUUGUAUUACCAAAAGAGGUAAAUAAAAUUGUAAAUUCCA